AUGCCGCCCAAGCAAUCGUGGGACGAGUCGUCCGAUGAAACAUCCUCUGAGGAAGAGACUGCGCCCCCUCAACGCGUUGUGCCCGUGGCGGCCACCGCUCGCAAACACUUCGACGAUGAGGAGGACAGCGAUGCGCCGGACAACUGGGACGACGAAGACUCCGAGGAAGAAAGAGAGAAGGCCAAGAAGGCUGCUGAAACCAAGGCAAAAGCAGACGCUAUCGCUGCGGCCAACAAGAAACCAAAGGCAGUGAGAAUUGAGGAACAUAGGGAAGCGGCUCGGCGGCGUAGAGCGAUGGAAGAUGAAGAGAGUUCAGACGAGGAGACGGAAGCCGAGAAAAGAGCACGACUGAAGGCUCAGGAGAAGGAGGCCGAUCUCAGUCACGCCGAAGCACUCAUUGGAGAUGUGGACGCACGGAACAACAAGAAAGCCAGCAACAAGGCCAGCGUAAUUGCGGACCCUUCAAACCCCGGGCAAGCGAUCGAUUUGUCGAAGCUGCCUCUCUUCCAGCCAAAGACCAAGGGAGGAUUCGAUCAACUGUCCGAGGCAAUCACACCACUCAUCCGAGCACAAACCAGCAAAGCCCACUUCCCAUUGUGGAUGCCAAAUUUUGCCAAGGGCAUCUGUCAGGAUAUGAACAGCGUGGACAUCAAGAAGGUCGCCAGCGCGCUCACUGCGCUCUCGAACGAGAAACUAAAAGCAGAGAAGGCUGCCGAUGGCACAGGCAAGAAGACAAAAGCUGUCAAGAGUAAGACUACUCUCGCGGCGGAUCGAGGCAUUGGUGCCGGAAGAGCGGACACCAAGGCCUAUGAUGAAGAACUGAGUGACGGAGAUUUCAUGUGA